ACGACUGCCGCCAUGCAUGCCACUGCACUGCCCCGGCCCCCACACCCACUUGGCCUGACCCGGAGCCGAUGCUACGCGGUGUCUCUGUCAGUGCUGUUACAGCGUGCAACAAGCAACGAUGCCGUUAAGGGCUGUGCUGCUCCACAUCGGAGAGAAAGACCAAGCAAAUACUAGAGUAAUUCAGCAAAUGAGGAGUAUUGGAUCUCCAACCUUGCUAGAAGAUGAAGCUGAUCAUAUACCCAUCCCUGGGACUGAUUUAUUUGUGCGCAUCUUGGAUGCAACAAUGAACAUUGGUAAAGCUGGGAAUCCAGUUAUUUCAGCCAAGUUGCAUGGCUAUGGAUCUGGUGCCAUUCUGAUGUAUGACACUACCAGGAUAGAGUCGUUUGUGAAAUGUCCUGGCUGGAUUGAUGCCUUCAAAAACUAUGCCUCCAAUGAAGCGGUUCUUCUUCUCUUGGCAGACAGGAGUCAUGAGAGCUCUACAAGAAGAGGGUAGUUUCAGGUGAAGAGGGGAAAACCUUUGCAGAGAACUUUAGGGUACUCUACCAUGAAGUUGACUCUCGAAAACCUGAAUCUGCUCAACAUGCUCUCUAUUAUAUUGCAACAUGCAUCUAUGGCAAAGCCGAGGAAGGUGUACUUGGAACAGGACCAGGGCAGGGUAUAAAGCCAGUGGCCAGUCCUGGAAAAGACAAGAGCCGUGGAACAUUUGGAGAGAGUAUUCCAGAAGUAGCAUUUCUGGAGAAGGAGAGUCAGCUGUCUGCUGUCAGGAGAGAGGUGGAGAGAAUGAAGGCCAAAGAGACAACACUACAACAACAAGAGCAGCUACUGCACAGAGAAAACUCUGAACUCACUCAACACCUGGCCUCUGCCAAGAGAGAGAUAGAGACUCUCAACGGCGAGAAGACUGCCCUGCAAAGAGAGCAGCACUCACUCAAACAACAGCUGACGCAGAGAGAGAGCGAAGUGUGGAGGUUGAACGGCGAGAUAUCUAGCCUCCAGCAAAGCCUCCGUCAGUUAGGUACUCAGUUGGAGCAGGAAAAGUUGGGGUUGAGUCGGGUACUCGAUAGCCAAACCCAAGAGAGUGCCGAUGUCCAGUGGCGACUGCAACAGCAGCUCACCCUCAAGGAGGAGGCACUGGGGAACGAAGUUCGAGACCACUCUGAGACACGUGCUGCUCUCCGACAUGCACAGCUGGCUCUGGACGAGGCGAGGGAGGAGAACCGUCGUCUGCGGGAGUCCCAGAGACCAGCAGAUGUUGAUGACCACUGGAGAGUGUCACGGGACGAGGUGGUCAUUCUGAAUGAGGGGAUGCUGGGGACAGGUGCCUGGGGCUACGUGGCCAAGGGAGAGUUUCGAGGGAAGAGAGUGGCAGUCAAGUGCCUACACAUGGAGAUUGUGGCCAGCCAGACUCUGCAGCGAGUCCACAGAGAGAUCCACACCAUGGCCAGCAUCAGACACCCCAAUAUCGUCCUAUUUGUUGCCGCAGUACUGGACAGUGAAGGCCAACCACUCAUUGUCUCUGAACUUCUCGACACCAACCUCCGAUCAGCCUACCAAAACCACCAGCUGAAUGGCACAGGAACAAAGGUGGAGAUUCUGCACGGAGUUUCCUGUGCACUCAACUACCUGCACAAGCUACGCGAGCCCAUCAUCCAUCGCGACGUAAGUUCGCCCAACGUCCUCCUCAGAGCUGCCCGAAAUGACAAAUGGACUCCGAAACUCUCAGAUUUCGGAUCUGCCAAUCUGGCCCGGUGUUCCCAGACACUUGGCGAGGGAGCAAUCAUCUACUCAGCCCCUGAGACCUUCCCUCCCAGCCUCCAAUCUCCCAAAAGCCUCCCUCAGACCACAAAGAUCGACGUGUACAGCUUUGGAGUCCUGAUGGGGGAGCUUCUGACAGAGCAGCUACCUAAUCCCACCACCCUACACCUCACAGUGGAGACUGUUGGAGCCGAGUGGCCUGAUCUGCACACUCUGAUAGUCAGCUGCACCAAACCCGAUCCUCUUCUUAGACCUGAUAUGGACACUGUUAUCUCUACCUACCUGUCACCCCUUCUUAUUUAGCCACUAUACAUACGGCUAUUACUAGUACAGAAAUGGCAAACAUUUCCACCACUAAUUGUGUGAGUAUUACUUCCCUAGCAUUAUGUCACUCAGAACAGCAAUUCCAGCUGUGGGUAAUGCAGUUUUUUGUCGCGGUGUGGCUUAGUCAGUACACGAGAAUAGUUGAUUACUCUUAGAAUGAGCGUGAAUUUCAAACCCCACCACCCUACAGCUUUUUGUCACUCUCUGGGUCCCUGACUCCAUGUUGUAUCACCACCAGACCCAGUACCAC